UUACAGAAAGCACGCUUAUCUACCAUUUUAUUUGCUGAAAACUGUGAAGUAACCCAUAACCAGCUAUGUGAAUUGCUGAAGUACGCAGUUCUGGGCAAAUCCAGUGUUCCCAAACCUAGCUGGUGCCAGCUUUUGCACCAAAACCACCUGAACAACGUCGUGGUUUUUGUACUGCAGGGAAUGAGUCAGCUACACUUUUACAGGUUCUACUUGGAGUUUGGAUUUCUCCGAAAGGCAUUCAGACAUAAAUUCCGCUUGCCUCCUCCAUCAUCUGAUUUUCUAGCUGAUAUCAUUGGGCUGCAAAAAAAACGAACAACCGGGGAUCUGUCCAAGACAAUUGCAGGGUCUUUACCUUCUGCCAGUUCAAAAGUCAGCAUCAAUCUGCAGAAUGACCCCAUCAUUCAAAAGUAUGGCUGUAAGAAAGUGGGCUUGACCCAAUGCCUGCUCACAAAGGAGGAAAUGAAAACAUUUCACUUUCCAUUACAAGGUUUUCCUGAGUGUGAAAACUUCGUACCAACCAAAUGUAAUGGUCCUGUAACAGACAAAAGUCCUCUCUUUGGACUUGACUGUGAAAUGUGCCUCACAUCUAGGGGAAGAGAACUAACACGCAUCUCACUGGUUGCUGAAGGAGGUGGCUGUGUUAUGGAUGAACUCGUUAAACCUGACAAAAAGAUUUUGGACUACCUCACCAGCUACUCAGGAAUCACAAAGAAGAUUCUGAACCCAGUAACGACCAAACUCAAGGAUAUCCAGAGACAGUUAAAGGCACUACUUCCUCCUGAUGCUGUGUUAGUGGGCCACUCCUUAGACUUGGAUCUCAAAGCACUGAAAAUGAUACAUCCAUAUGUUAUUGAUACAUCAUUGCUUUACGUCAGAGAGCAGGGCAGAAGAUUUAAGCUAAAGUUCUUAGCCAAAGCUAUUUUGGGGAAGGAUAUUCAGAGUCCAGGUAGACUUGGUCAUGAUGCCACAGAAGAUGCUAGAACAGCCCUUGAAUUGGCUCAGUAUUUUCUUAAAUAUGGCCCAAAGAAGAUUGCAGAACUAAAUCUGGAGGCACUAGCUUAUCACCCAGAGCUGCAAGCGGCAGGCCCGGCACGGAGCGGUGCAGCAGAUGUUGUUCAGCAGCCAAGUGCAAGUGUUCUAGAAUGUUUGGAGUCAAUGGGUCAGAAGCUCCUUUUCUUGACCCGGGAGGAAGAUACUAGUGAACUUUCUUCUUCCAGAAAUUGUCAAACUGUUAAGUGCCUUUCAAAUAAAGAGGUCCUCGAGCAGGCCAGAGUGGAAAUCCCCCUGUUUCCCUUCAGCAUCGUCCACUUCUCCUUUGAACCCUUUUCACCCACCCUCACUGAGGAGAUGAACAAUAGGAUGAGGAUCAAGUGGACAGAGAUAUCAACUGUCUAUGCUGGGCCGUUUAGCAACGACUGCAACCUCGGGGCCCUGAAGAGGCUAUUUAAGAGCUUCGGCCCAAUCCAGUCAAUGUCUCUUGUUCUUGAAACCCAUCAGCCACAUUUCUGUAUACAAUACGAAGUCCUGGAGGCUGCCCAGCUGGCCAUAGAGUCCUUGGAUGGCAUUUUGGUAGAUGAUACCUGCAUCAAGGUGCAGAGGCCUGUGACGGAGCUCACCCUUGAUUGUGACACCUUUGUGAAUGAGCUGGAACGAGACUCUGAGAACCGAGGUACCAUUUACCUGUCCGGAGUGAGCGAAACCUUCAGAGAACACCUGUUGCAGCAUUCCAACCUCUUUUUUGGCCUGGAAGCUGUGAUCUUGCCUAAAGAUCUUAAAAGUGGAAAGCAGAAAAAAUACUGUUUCCUGAAAUUCAAAAGUUUUGGCAGUGCCCAGAGGGCCCUCAACAUUCUCACAGGCAAGGACUGGAAGCUGAAAGGCAGACAUGCCCUAACCCCGAGGCACCUCCACACAUGGCUCAGGGGCUUUCCUCUUGAAUCUGGAAGGCCCCCAGGACUUCGCGUCGUACCUCCUCCUUCAGAGCAGCAGGUUUUGCAGACUCUGAAGUCGGACCACCCGAAGAUAGCAGCCUGGCACUGGGGCCGGAAGAUAGGAAAGCUCUACAACAUCCUGAGCGCAGGCACCCUCUGCCUCGUCCUGCUGCCGGGAACCCAGAGCACUCAUGGAUCUCUCCCUGGCCUGGGACUGAUGGGAAUAAAAAAGGAAGAGGAGAGCAUCACCCCAAAUGUGUGUUCCUGAGUCAGCCGCCACCACCACAUCCAUUUCCUGUCCCUGUGGGCAAUGGCAGAGCAUGCGGUCAAGCUGCAGCUUCUCAGUGCAGCACACAGCUUCUGUGGGUGUGCCAGCUAAGGGUUCUGGUCCAUUCAUAUGAUGUAUACAUUUCCUGUUUUAUUUUCCAUCACCAUUUAUCCCCUCUAUGCGCUCUUCCACCUCCACCCACCCACCUCCCACCUGCAAUCGCGACACUUUUGUUCACGAGGGGUUUUUUUUCAUUUUUGCUCAAUUCCUCCGUUACCCCUACCCCAGCACUCCCCUCACCAGAGCUGUCAGCCUGCUCUCUCUGAGUCUGUCUCUUCUUUGUUAGUUCAGUUUGUUCAUUAAAUUCCACA